UGAGACGUAGUGGGGAGAACACGUGUCCAAUUUUCCCUCAUAUUUUUUCCUCCCUGAUCUGGAUUUUUCACUUGUCACGGCAAGAAAGGAACCCCUAAAAUAGGACUUGUGAGAGGCGUUCCUGCGCCGGCUUUCGCCUCUGAUGGACAUCUUGGCUUGCAGAUCCGAAGAGAACAGUUAUAAUAUCAUCCCCUCUGCGGCAACCAUGCUUUUCCAUGGCCUCCCUGGAGGCGACGUGCACGGUGUGGUGGAAGAAAUGGACCGGAGAGGAAAGAGCGAGUCAGCAGCCAUCAGCUCGGCCAUCGAUAUGGGGGAGUCAGAGACGUCCCUGCCGUGUAUGCCCGGGGAGCGCGUGGCUCUGUGCGCGGGCUGCGGCAGGAAGAUCGCGGACCGGUACUACCUGCUGGCGGUGGACAAACAGUGGCACAUGCGCUGCCUCAAGUGCUGCGAGUGCAAGCUGAACCUGGAGUCAGAGCUCACCUGCUUCAGCAAGGACGGCAGCAUCUACUGCAAGGAGGACUACUACAGAAGAUUUUCGGUGCAGAGGUGCGCUCGGUGCCACCUGGGGAUCUCGGCCUCGGAGAUGGUGAUGCGGGCCCGGGACCUCGUGUACCACCUCAACUGCUUCACGUGCACCACCUGCAGCAAGAUGCUCACCACCGGGGACCACUUUGGCAUGAAGGACAGUCUGGUGUACUGUCGGCUGCACUUUGAGACUCUCAUCCAGGGAGAAUAUCAGACUCAUUUUAACCAUGCGGACGUUGUCCCGCACAAAGGCCUGGGCCCGGCCAACACUCUCGGACUAUCCUACUUCAACGGCGUGGGCUCGGUGCAGAAGGGCCGGCCCCGGAAGAGGAAGAGCCCCGGGCCGGGGGCCGAGCUGGCGGCUUAUAACGCAGCGCUCAGUUGUAACGAGAAUGACGGCGAGUCCAUGGACCGGGACUCCCAGUACAGCUCCAGCCAGAAGACCAAGCGCAUGAGGACGUCCUUCAAGCACCACCAGCUGAGGACCAUGAAGUCCUACUUCGCCAUCAACCACAACCCAGACGCCAAGGACCUGAAGCAGCUGGCCCAGAAGACCGGCCUCACCAAGAGGGUCCUUCAGGUCUGGUUCCAGAACGCCCGGGCCAAGUUCAGGAGGAACCUGCUGCGGCAGGAGAGCACGGGGGGGGACAAGGCCUCGGACGGCUCCACGCUGCCGGGGGGGACGCCGUCGGGCCCGGCCUCAGAUAUCUCCAACGCCUCCAUGAGCCCCUCCAGCACCCCCACCACCCUCACAGACUUGACCAACCCAACCAUGCCCACCGUCACCUCGGUGCUCAGCUCCGUGCCGGGCGGCAUGGACGUCCACGAGUGCCGGAGCCCGUCACAGACCACGCUGACCAGCCUCUUCUGAUGCCCCCCCCCCACCCCUUCCCCUCUCAA